AUGGGUGGUAAGGUCGAUCCGACUGUUAAUAGAGGUAAUGGCCCAUUUUGCUACAGGAUUAGCGGUGAAAACUAUCAUAGUAUUGGAAGUAUGUUGCCGGAGAAUGGCAAUAAACCAAAGUUUUGCCAGCUAUACAUAUACGAUACAGAGAACGAAGUUUCGAACCGAGAUUCUAUAUUUAGUCGAUCUAAGGAGUCGGAUACAUCAUCUUCUGCUUCAGUUGAUCGUCACUUGAUCCAACAUAUCAAGAUGGUUAGAGAUUGUUUUCAUGACGAUCCGCAGCUUACUCUUAAGGUACGUCUUAUUGGGAAAAGGGACAAGGAUGGUCGAAUGUAUAACUUACCAACAUGUGGCGAGGUUGCUGCUCUAAUUGUUGGAGAUGUUGAAAACGCAAUUGAGAACAGAGAUAUUGUUGUUGAAACUAAAUCGGGGACUCUUCAACGAAUAAUUAUUUAUACAAUUGAGUUUCAAAAACGUGGCUUGCCUCAUGCGCAUUUGUGCUUAUUCAUGGAACCAGAAGCUAAACUUCCCACUGUUGACCAAGUUGAUCCGUUCAUAUGUGCAGAAAUUCCAAACAAAGAUGAUGACCCAGAGUUGUAUACGCUUGUGAAGGAUUUUAUGAUUCAUGGACCGUGUGGUAAUGCUAAUAUGAGCUGCCCAUGUAUGGUUGAUAAACAGUGUUCUAAAGGCUUUCCUAAAAGAUUUCAAGAUACUAUGACAAUUGACGCCAAUGGUUUCCCAUUAUACAGAAGGAGAGAUGAUGGAAGAACAGUUGUCAAAAACCGGAUCGAGUUAGAUAAUAGAAGUGUUGUACCAUACAACAAAAAGUUAUUGAAAAAGUAUCAGAGCAACAGUUGCUGUUUUGCUAGUGAUAAUCAUAAUGAACAACAUGAAAAAGACGAGAUUAAAGAGUAUUAUGAUUGUCGGUAUAUCUCAGCAUGCGAGGCAUCAUGGAGGAUUUUUAGUUACGAUGUAAAUUACAGAUAUCCUUCUGUUAUCAGGCUUCCAUUCCAUCUUCCCGGUCUCCAACCUGUUGUAUUUGGAGCAGAUGAAGACAUCAAUUCUGUUCUUAACAGGCCAUCUGUCAAGUGUUCUAUGUUUCUGUCUUGGAUGGAAAGGAACAAAGACCCUGAUGACCAUUUGGCGCGUACACUAACUUAUGUUCAGUUUCCAACUUGGUAUGUAUGGAAGAUUGAAAACCGUUGUUGGCAACCUCGGAAGAAAGGUAACUCAAUUGGCAGAAUUCAUAAUGUUGCUCCAUCUCUUGGAGAAGCUUAUUUUUUAAGAAUCUUGCUCAACAAAGUAAAAGGACCUAAGUCAUAUGACGAUAUCAAAACUGUUAAUGGUCAUGUACAUGAUACAUUUCGAGAUGCGUGUUUCGCACUUGGUCUUUUAGAUGAUGACAAAGAGUACAUCGAAGCAAUUAAAGAAGCAAAUGAAACAGCAACAACUUCUUACGUACGAAAUUUAUUUGGCAUGAUGCUAUUGUCCAAUACUAUGUCAAGACCGGAGAUCGUAUGGGAAAGCACGUGGAAAUACAUGACAGAUGAUUUCAUCUACAAAUAUAGUAAACUACAUCGUGUUGAAGGUUUAUCAAUUCCAGACGAUGAACUUAAAAAUUACGCUUUGUUGGAAAUUGAAAAGUUUUUAGGUAUGAAUAGCUCAUCGCUACGGAACUUCUCAACAAUGCCUUUUCCACAUUCUUCUUCGUUAUCUGAUCUCGAUAAUCGUCUGAUUAACGAGGAGCGUACUUACGACGUAUUAACUCUUGCUGAGGAAUAUGUUAAUCUGUUUAAUAUGUUAACUGAAGAACAAAGGUCAGUGUUUGAAGAGAUAAUGAAAUCUGUUGAUGGUAACACUGGAGGGAUGUUUUUUGUUUACGGUUAUGGUGGCACUGGGAAAACCUUUUUAUGGAAGACGUUGUCUGCUGCACUUCGAUCAAAAAGAGAAAUUGUAUUAAAUGUUGCUUCGAGUGGAAUUGCAUCGCUGUUAUUGACAGGCGGCAGGACUGCACACUCCAGAUUUCGUAUUCCUUUGAAUCUUAAUGAGGAUUCGGUAUGUCAUAUAAAAGCUGAUAGUGAUGUUGCUAAAUUGUUGCAUCAGACCAAACUUAUUAUAUGGGAUGAAGCACCUAUGGUCCAUAAACAUGCGUUUGAAGCCUUGAACCGCACGAUGAAUGACAUUUUCAAUUUCGACACCUCAAGAAAUUCUGAAAUCUCAUUUGGUGGUAAGGUUAUUGUUUUUGGUGGAGAUUUUAGACAAGUACUUCCCGUUGUUUGA